AACAAAAAACCUUCCUUUCUCAACAUAUCACAGUAUGCCUCCUAAGUUCGAUCCCUCUGAGGUUAAGAUUAUCUAUCUUCGUGCCACUGGUGGUGAAGUUGGUGCUUCUAGUGCUCUUGCCCCCAAGAUCGGUCCUCUUGGUUUAUCCCCCAAGAAGGUUGGUGAAGAUAUCGCCAAGGGUACCAAGGACUGGAAGGGUCUCCGUGUUACUGUUCAAUUGACUAUUCAAAACCGUCAAGCUCAAGUUUCCGUUGUCCCCUCUGCUUCCUCUUUGGUCAUCAAGGCUCUUAAGGAACCUCUCCGUGAUCGUAAGAAGGAGAAGAACAUCAAGCAUUCCGGUAACGUUGCUCUUGAGGAUAUUAUUGAAAUCGCUCGUACUAUGCGUUUCAAGUCUUUGGCCCGUGAGCUCUCUGGUACCGUCAAGGAAAUCCUUGGUACUGCUUUCUCUGUCGGUUGUACCGUUGAUGGUCAAAACCCUAAGGACCUUUGCCACGCCAUUGAUGCUGGUGAGGUCGAGAUUCCCGAGAAAUAAAUUAUUUCUAGGAAAUUACAAUAAAAAAAACACACAUAAAAAGAAUAAUGUUUUGUUUUAUUUUUUCGCGGGGAUAGCUUCACCAACAAUUUAGUAUUACUGAAAAUAUCAAUAAAGGCAUGCAAAAAACAAAAAAAAACAAACCAUGUACAAAUGAUGAUCGCGUUUCUUUAUUUGACAGUUUGUUAUUAAAUCAUGGAACACGCUUUUUUAAGUACAUUCGAUGCUUCUGGCUAUCAGUAUUUACAACGAGUUUUGGUAGUCUGUUCAUGCAUACUAACACUAGACCAUCGGCAUUUUUAAUCGUGCCUACUGAGAUUUACUAAAUGCACGUUAUCUUUCCAGUACCAGUCUUGUUCCUGUCAGCACCAAGAGCUCUUAUUUUAAUAUUUAU